CUUGUUUCCCGGCACUAUCGAAAUGGCAAGUUCGUCAGAACAUAUAGUGGUGACGAAAUCGUCGUGAAGAGGGAGGGGAGACACGACAAGAGGUCCGUCCUCCAGCUAAGCUUUGCCAUGAGCCUGAGCUUUCUAAGAGGGAAUCGCGUCCAUUUUGGUUUUGGACCACCCCUGCUCAAGGAAACCAUCAAUCAAGAACAAGGAGGAAGAAGAAGAAGAAGAAGAAGAAGAAGGAUUAUGUGAUGGAAGCGAGAGUGAAUGGUUGCCCGAGUGUGGAACUACUUGUUUCUCUCCCUUCUUCUUCAUCCCUUCGAACCCCAUCAUCUCACUCUCCAAGGUUCUGUCUGAAAUCCUGGGCUAGCUAUCAGAAAUCCUUUAGGAAGCAUUUUAGAGGUCUUGCUGGGACGUGGAGCUUUCACGUGAGGAAGAUACUAAAGUGUCAAGAUUUCACUGAGGACUUCUCGGUUCAUGUGGUCGAAGAGGGUGAAACAUUGUCUUCGAUAUCAAAGCAGUAUGGGAUACCUAUCCACACAAUUGCGACGUUCAACAAAAAUAUUGCAGACCUUGAACUAGUUUAUGAAGGGCAGGUCUUAAAGAUUCCUCUAUCCAAGAGAUGCGCUGAAAAGACAGAGAAGAAGAAAUUACUCGAGUUUGAUAUACCGCAAAAGCGCUGGAACCCAUCGAAGAUGCUGGAUGCCUUAUCACAGCAAAGGAAUUUCACUGUGUUGAUCUCCCAUCCAUUACCAUAUGCUAAAACCACCGGUUAUUUUCUAGUUCUGGUCCCUCUUAUAGCGUUUUGCAUCAGAUGCAUAAAUAGUGUCCUCUGCACUAGAGUUGCUGGUUAUUUGAGACGGGAAGAUAUCAUAGAGCCAAAGCAACACCAUGAGGUCCCUAAAAGUAAGAGAUGGAAAUCUGCCCUACUUGAUGCCAAAGAGCCAGACGUUUCAGAUCCUGCGUCUAAAUCAGACAUUGGCUGUCCAUCAGAGGAUCAAGCUCAGAGUUCUUCUGAGGAUGCUUUCCUGGCGUAUGGAAAACUUCAGGAAGAUUAUGAGAAGUUCCUGUCAGAGUGUGGGAUAAGUAAUUCAGGGUACUGGCGAGGAGGUUCGGAUGAAUGAAGCUCUGGAAUACGAUAGGACUUGACAAUGGUUAAUGAUUAUACAUGUGUGGAUGUGUGGCGUGCGAUUUCCGUUGUACAGAAUACUACGUUAACGUAUUCAUGUUUCAUAUCUGGAUGUUCAUGCACUUGUAAUCUUUCCAUAUCAUUUACCUCUGACCUGGUUGCAGACACAAUUUGAUAUGACUAGCAUUUGUUGCGCCGUCUUCUUUUUCUCUUAAAAGUAUGCAAGAAUUUUUGGCU